AUGGCCACCACCACAGAGCUCCUCCACGCAUACCGUCGCCUCCUUCGUGCCGGCCUGCGGGCCGUUCAGUUCUCGCAGCCGUCCAGCUCAACGGUCAGGGAACGCCUGCAGGAAGGGUUUCGAGAUCCCAAGGGCACGUUUGACGCCAAGCGGGUCCAGCGCACCAUCUACUUCCUCAACGCGGCGGCCCAGGAGCGUGGGCUGGAACACAAGAUACUCAAGAACCUGUGCCGCGUGCAUUGGGAGAGGAUGCGCGAUCUACGGAGGACGCCGUGGAAGCAUUAUGAACGGACAAUCGCGAUGCUCAACGAUGGCAUGGGCUUGUGUCUGCGAUGA